GAGGAGAAGAAUGAAAAGGAGAAGAGCGAAAUGGAGAGAAAUAAGGAGGAGUGGAAAGGAGGACAGUGAAAAGGUAGAAGGUGAAAAAGAGGAGAGCAAGAAAGAGGAGGAUGAAAAGGAGAGUGGAAAGGAGGAGAGCAAAGAGGAUAAGAGCAUAGAGGAGAAUAGUGAAGUUGAAGAGACCCACAAUCAGAUAGAUAAGAUAGGCAGUCAGGUAAAUAUUCCUUCUACAGUAUUGGGAGAAGAUGAUGAUUAUGAAUUUUGUGAAGAUGAUUAUGUAGAGGAUAACGAUGAUGAUGAACCUGUUCCAUUUAUACACAACCCAGAAGUGGGAAAGAAAAUUGACCCUGAUUCAUUAAUUUGCAAGUACAAAGCACUAUCCGAUAUACUAGACGAUGAUAUGAUGAAACAGUGGGCUAACAAGGAUCCUCCUACAGUUGAUGAGUUAAACAAAUAUAUCAAAAAAGUACACGGUGGACUACAGAGUCCUAAUGGGGAAGCUCUUGAUUUUUUCAUGUGUCUUAUAUGUCGCAAGGUGUUCAAGACUAAGAAUGUUAUGACUCCUCAUAUAUUUUCUCACAUCGGAUAUCGUCCUUACAUGUGUGUGCAGUGCGGAUACAGUUCUACUCACAAACGUGGCUGGACAACUCACAUACAGAAACAUAAUGAUCAUGAACUCAAAUGCUGGCAUGGCCAAUGUGUUUAUGUUGGGAAGGAUGCAGAGGAUCUGGAUGAGCAUAGGAAGACCCACGCUCCAUCCUUACGUUGCAUUCUUUGCGAUGUUAAGUUCAAAGGUCAAAGCACCAUGCUUGGUCAUCUGUACAUCAGCCAUCGGGAGGAAAUCAGGGAAGGAAAAGGGAAAGAAUUCUACACAUUAAUGGCCACAGCUGGGCGAGCAAAGAGUCAGAUUGUUCUAUUUGAGUGUGAUAUUUGUGGACAGAAGUGCAAGACAAAGAAAAGCUACUACACUCAUAUAAGAACGAAUCAUGCCCAGCAAUCUGGCUCAAAGAAAGCUAAAGGACGAAAGAAUAAAAAUGGAGAAAAAAAGAAGAGGAAGAGGAUGAAGAAGCGCUCAUCUUCCCGCAACUGUCCUAUGUGUGGAAUGGCAUUUGAAGGUGAAGUAAAAUUGACACGUCACUUGAACACGCAUCCUUUUAUCUACCGUUGCUCUAUGUGUGAAGAGAAAUUCUUGACAUAUGGCGCACUUAAUGAGCAUGUUGGGUUCCACAGGGCUGAUCAGGAAGGAGAGUUCAACCCUCAAGACAAAAUCAAUGAGAGUCUACGAAGGAGUAUCUACUUGGCUGGGCAGAUGGAUAAAGCACUGGAAGCAGACAAGGUGCAAUGGGCGCAGCGCAGAACUGGAGCAGAAGCACCUAAGAGUGCGAUGACAGGCUCCAUCUUUGAUGAUUUAAUGUCAAAGAUCAGUAUUCCUACUGAAAUUGUAAGCAAAGAAGAACUAGAGGAAGUUGGGGAAGACUUUGUCAAUCUGAAUUACAAAAAACUGACUCCUUCCAUAUUACGAUAUAUACAUUUACGCUUUGGGAAUGUUGAAUGUGGAGUUUGUGGGAAACUCUUCCCAAAGGUUGGACUAUGUAAGGAUCAUACUAAGAAGCAUACAAAGGUAAAGGACUGCAAAUGCCCCCAUUGUGAUUUUCAAGGUAAAAAUAAGAAAGCUCUUGAAAGUCAUUUGGCCAGGGUCCACAAUGAAGGUGAAUCGUUCCAUUGUCCUAAAUGUGAUACCAACAUAAUAGGUGCUGAUCUUUACAAGCAUCAUAUGAGGAGACAUGCUAAAGAAGACUCUGGACCUUACACGUGCACUUGGUGCAACACAGUUGAAGAGAAAAGGGAGGAUAUGAAGAACCAUAUCAUGAACACGCACCCUAUGAUGCCAUUGGCUGAGAGUACUAAGAUAAUGGGACAAGGGGUUGUCAUCCACAGAGAGAAGGGAGCCCCUUUCUUAGUGUGUGAGGUGUGUAAUGAAACCUUCCGCCGUAUUUGUGAUCUUCGCCGUCACAUGUGGAAACAUUCUUCUGUGAAGCGAUUUACCUGUGAUCUUUGUGACUAUGGCUCUGACAAGCGUGGAAACAUCAUAAGCCACAUGAGGAAACACUCCACUGAGAAGCAAGCAGCCUGCCAUGUCUGUGGGAAGAUGUACAAGACAAUGCAGAGCCUGAAGCUCCAUGUCCAAACUGCCCACCUGAAGUUGAAGCCGCACAAAUGUGACCUCUGUGAUUAUGCUGCUGCCCAGCCAGUCCAUUUACGUCGGCAUGUUGUCCUCCACCACAACACUGGAGAGCGCCGUCGAUUCCGAUGCGCCAUCUGUCCCGACUACAGGGCAACUGAUCUGCAGGUUGUGAAACGACACUACCAGAAGAAGCAUCCCAGUCAGAAGAUGAACCUCUCCAAGUGCUGUCCACCUGAUGCAUUCAACCCAUCCACUAUGAAGAAAGACAAACACCAGGUUAUCCAGGUGGUACCAUCUGUACCUUCUCUGAAUGAAACACCCGCUGUCAAUCAUGACACACCGAUGCCGCCCGAGUCAACUCAAGAGAUGGACCAUGAGCAAGUGAACCAAUCUCAUGAAAUGGAUCCUGCCAUAGUUGAAGUACAGACAGAACAACAUCAAGAAAUUCCUCAAGACAUGACAGUUGAGGUAAUUCUCCCGGAGGAUCAAGGCCAGCUGAUUGAUAUCAAUUCUUCUCUUCCAGAUGUUAUCAAUGCUUUAGCUUCACUUCAAGAUUCUGAAAUCAUCACUCAGUAAUACCCAAGUCAAUUCCAAAAAAUUCUAAACUCAACAAAGACUGAUUAACAAUAAAACAUCAAAUUUAUAAUGCUACACAGUCAAUCCAACAAAA